AUGUCUCCUUUGCAUCAUCUUUUCUCAUCUUUGUCAACUACUACAAAUGCACUUUCUACCUAUAUUGCUAAUGGUUCCCUCUUGCAUGCAACACACAAGGGUUCUAUCUCCCAGUCAACUCUUAAUCUCCAUGAUACUUAUUAUAUUCCAAAAUUGAACUUCAACCUUAUUUCUGUUGGUCAACUUGUUGAUCUCGAUUUUGAUGUCAAUUUUUUCAUUUCUGAUUGUCGUGUACAAGAUCGUCGGAUGGGACAAAUCAUCGGGAUUGGAUGUAAGGUCAGAAGAUUGUUUGAACUCGAGAAUCUUCAUAUUCCUCCUGUGCCAAAUCUCUGUGAUGCUUCUGCUCCAUCUACCAUUCACUUGUGGCAUCAUCGUCUUGCUCACAGCUCCUUAGGAAAAUUGCGUCCUCUAGUGUCUUAUGAAUAUGGUACUUUGCCUGAGUUUUCUUGCCCUGGUACAUCUCAACAAAAGGGACGAGGUGAAUACAAACACUAUCACAUUCUUGACUCUGUUCGUGCAAUACUUCUUUCUUCUUCGUGUCCUAAGUAG